UCUUCUACUUGGGUUUGGCGGCUGGAUCACUAGAGACGACAUACGGGCAGGGCUCUCGGCCCCUGCCAUGGAUGAAGGCGGUUCCCACAUCCGCCGAAGGGUGUCUAUCCGCAAAAGGAACCGUCCUAGCCUGGAGAGCAUUUUUGCCGCCCCCACUGCGGCAGAGCUCAAGCCCGGCGAUGAGGAGGAGGAGGAAACGGUGGCCGGGAGUCGACGGCGGAAAACCGUGGGCGUGCAACCGGUGAAGCAUAGUGACAGUGAAGAGGACAUGUUUGGUGACUAUGAUAGCUUUACUGAAAACUCCUUUUUAGCUCAAGUUGACGACCUGGAACAAAAAUAUAUGCAACUUCCUGAACAUAGAAAACAUGCUACAGAUUUUGCUACUGAAGAUCUUUGUUCAGAAAGCAUCAAAAACAAACUCAGCAUUACUCCUAUAGACAACUUUACUGAAUUAAAAACUGAUGAGCACACAAAGAAUCAAAGUGGACAUAAUGAUGUCACUCUUGAACCUGGAGCUGAUCUUUUGUAUGAUGUACCUUCUUCACAGGUUUUAUACUUUGAAAAUUUGCAGAACUCUUCAAAUGAUUUGUGUGAUCAGUCUGCUAUAGAAAGGGAUUGGAACUCAUACUAUCACAAGACUGUGAAUGAGGAAUUGCCCCAUAAUUGCAUAGAGCAACCCCAGAAAAAUGAUGAAUUCUCCUCUAAAAUCAGAACUGGUUCAGAUAUGAAUAGGAGAAAAAGUGUUAAAGAUGAUCUCAAAAGUGCCAUGACUGGAAAUGCCAAGGUCCAAACACCAAUAAUUUCUAGGAGUAAACAGCUCAAAGAGACUCUCCUAUCUGAAGAAAUUAAUGUUGCUAAAAAAAUAAUUGAGUCAUCAUCACAUGACCUUGGUCCUUUUUAUUCGUUACCCAGCAAAGUGAGAGACCUUUAUGUUCAGUUCAAGGGAAUUGAAAAGUUAUAUGAAUGGCAACAUACUUGCUUAACACUGAAUUCUGUGCGAGAAAGAAAAAAUUUAAUAUAUUCCUUGCCAACAAGUGGUGGAAAGACCCUCGUGGCUGAGAUUCUAAUGCUACAGGAACUGCUUUGCCGGCGGAAGGAUGUUUUAAUGAUCCUUCCAUAUGUGGCAAUUGUCCAGGAAAAGAUUUCAGGUUUGUCAAGUUUUGGUAUAGAACUUGGUUUCUUUGUUGAAGAAUAUGCUGGAAGCAAAGGAAAAUUUCCUCCAAUUAAAAGGAGAGAAAAGAAGUCACUGUAUAUUGCCACUAUUGAAAAAGGACAUAGCCUGGUGAACUCCUUGAUUGAAACUGGAAGGAUUAGCAGUCUGGGUCUGGUUGUUGUAGAUGAGUUGCACAUGAUUGGUGAAGGAAGCCGUGGAGCUAUCCUGGAAAUGACCCUAGCAAAAGUCCUCUACACUAGCAAAACAACUCAAAUUAUUGGUAUGAGUGCAACAUUAAGCAAUGUUGAAGACCUACAAGAGUUUCUUCAAGCAGAAUAUUACACCAGUCAGUUUAGACCAGUUGAAUUAAAAGAAUAUCUGAAAAUAAAUGAUACAGUGUAUGAGGUUGACAGCAAAGCUGAGAAUGGUAUGACUUUUUCACGUCUCCUUAAUUAUAAGUAUUCUGAUACCUUGAAAAAGAUGGAUCCUGAUUACUUGGUAGCAUUGGUGACAGAAGUUAUUCCCAAUUAUUCCUGCUUAGUUUUUUGUCCCACUAAGAAGAACUGUGAAAAUGUAGCAGAAAUGAUAUGCAGGUUUUUAAGCAAGGACUAUCUGAAACACAGGGAGAAAGAAAAACAUGACUUGGUUAAGAACUUGAAGAAUAUCAGCAGUGGCAACCUGUGUCCUGUUUUAAAGCACACUAUCCCAUUUGGUGUUGCCUAUCAUCAUAGUGGCUUAACAAGUGAUGAAAGGAAGCUCUUGGAGGAGGCCUAUUCUAUAGGAGUUCUCUGUCUUUUUACCUGCACAUCCACCUUAGCAGCAGGUGUCAACCUACCAGCUCGAAGAGUUAUUUUAAGAGCUCCCUAUGUUGCUAAAGAAUUUUUAAAGAGGAAUCAGUAUCAACAGAUGAUUGGCAGAGCUGGCCGUGCUGGAAUAGAUACUAUGGGGGAGAGUAUACUUAUAUUGCAAGAAAAAGACAAACAACAGGUAUUGGAGUUAAUAAGCAGACCACUGGAAAACUGUUAUAGCUGUCUUGUUCAGGAAUUCACCAAGGGAAUCCAAACUUUGUGUCUCUCUUUGAUUGGCUUGAAGGUCGCAACCAAUCUUGAUGACAUAUGUCACUUUAUGAAUGGUACAUUUUUUGGUGUUCAACAAAAGAUUUUAUUGAAAGAAAAAAGUCUCUGGGAAAUAACUGUUGAAUCACUUAGACAUCUGACAGAAAAAGGACUUCUACAAAAAGACACUCUUUCUAAGUCCAAAGAAGAGCACCAAUAUAAUUUUCAUAUUACAAAGUUGGGACGAGCUUCUUUUAAGGGAACUAUAGAUUUAGCUUAUUGUGACAUUCUCUACAGAGACUUGAAGAAAGGUCUUGAAGGACUUGUGCUUGAAAGCCUUCUUCAUUUAAUCUACCUAACAACUCCCUAUGAUCUGGCUUUUCAGUGUGUCCCUGAUUGGAUGAUAUACUUCAGGCAGUUUAGCCAACUCAGUCCAGCAGAACAAAAUGUAGCUGCUCUUCUUGGAGUCUCUGAAAGCUUUAUUUGGAAGAAAGCAUCAGGACAAGCUGUAAAGAAGAAGGUGGACAAGGACGUUGUCAACAGACUAUACCUUUCUUUUGUUCUUUAUACUUUGCUCAAAGAGACCAACAUUUGGAGUGUGUCUGAAAAGUUUAAUCUGCCUCGAGGAUAUAUCCAAAGUCUUCUCACUGGAGCUGCCUCAUUCUCAGCUUGUGUGUUACACUUCUGUGAGGAGCUUGAGGAAUUUUGGGUUUAUAGAGCCCUUUUGGUAGAACUUACCAAGAAGCUGACUUACUGUGUAAAGGCAGAGCUAAUCCCUCUCAUGGAAGUGACUGGAGUUUUAGAGGGUCGAGCAAAACAGUUGUACAAUGCAGGUUACAAAAGUCUAGUGCAUUUAGCUAAUGCAAAUCCUGAAGUGCUAAUAAGGACAAUUGAUCAUUUAUCAAGACACCAGGCCAAGAAGAUUGUUUCAUCAGCAAAGAUGCUGUUGCAUGAAAAAGCAGAGGCUUUGCAAGAAGAAGUAGAAGAGUUAUUGAGAUUGCCUUCUGAUUUCCCUGGUAUAGUGUCCUCUUCCAUUGAAAAGGCAUGAAGCUAUCUGAUGAGCAUUUUCAGUUUGAAUUAUUUAUUGUACGUUUUCAGUAUGAAUUAUUUAUUGUGUUUUAUUAAAGAUUCCCUAUACUUUAUAAA